AUGGCUUCUUCUCAUACAUUAGAGCAAAUAUGUAUUGAGCAACCAACCACACUUGAAAAAUCUCCGAAAAUUACUACUCAAAACAAGUCCACUACUAAGCAAGUAGUGGAACGUGCUCAGUGGCUCCGAGCUGCAGUUCUCGGAGCCAAUGAUGGGUUGCUCUCAACAGCCUCGCUAUUGCUCGGUGUUGGUGCAGUCAAGGAUGACCGUUGGUCCAUGGCUCUAGCUGGCCUCGCUGGAGCUUUAGCGGGGGCUUGUAGCAUGGCGGUAGGAGAGUAUGUAUCCGUUUCAACUCAACGAGACAUUGAAGAGAAACACUAUUUUCAAGAAAACAAGCCCUCGUAUAGUAGUCGGGAAAUUGUGUUGCCGAAUCCUCACAAGGCGGCUGGGGCUUCAGCACUGGCCUUUUUGAGUGGUUCGGUUGUUCCUUUGAUACCGGCUGCAUUGGUUGUUGAUCACGCGAUGAGAGUCGUAGUGAUUGUGGUGGUGGCUACUCUGGCGUUAGCCCUUUUAGGUUGGGCUAGCGCCGAGUUUGGUGGGUCCUUUCGCCCUAAGGUUUCGGCAUUGAGAGUUGUGGUUGGAGGAUGGCUGGCCAUGGCUGUUACUUAUGCUUUGCUUAAGCCUUUUGAUAGAGACCAUGACAAGAAGGAUUGAUAAGUACAUAUA